GGGGAGGUUGGUUCCUGAUACGGAGACACAGAGAAGGCAGGGGAGGAAGGCAGAGAGAAAAGAGGGGAAUUACAUUCAUAUUGAGGGACUGAAAAGAAGAAGAAGAAGCUUGCUGUUAUUGUCAGCCCUCAUCGUCACAGCAUACUGCUCCCGGACUGACGAUUUAAUCUACACCCAGAUCCAUGGGUUAACAGAAUCUUCAGAAGGAGAAACCUACCAGAUUGUCAAAUGAAUAACAGGAAGGAAGACAUGGAGAUUACCUCUCAUUAUAGACAGCUCUUACGAGAACUGAAUGAGCAGAGGCAGCAUGGUAUCCUCUGUGAUGUCUGCAUUAUUGUAGAAGGCAAGAUCUUUAAGGCACAUAAAAAUGUACUUCUGGGCAGCAGUCGUUACUUCAAAACCCUAUACUGCCAAGUAAAAAAGACCUCUGACCAGGCUACCAUAACACAUUUGGACAUUGUCACUGCACAGGGUUUCAAAACUAUCUUGGACUUUAUGUAUUCUGCUCAUUUGGCUCUCACAAGCAAGAAUGUCAUUGAAGUAAUGUCAGCGGCAAGCUAUCUUCAGAUGACCGAUAUUGUGCAAGCAUGUCACAACUUUAUCAAAGCUGCCCUUGAUAUCAGCAUUCGAUCUGAGCUAACAGAUGAGCUGGUGGAAUUUGAAGUAGGUAGUGCAUCUGGCAGCAGUAGUGCAGAAGCUUUGGCAUCUAUGAUGUCUGGUAGGAGUACCUCUCCAUGGCUGGCACGAAAAACAAGUCCUGCUAAUUCUUCUGGUGAUUCAGCAAUUGCAAGCUGCCAUGAUGGAGGAAGUACAUAUGGUAAGGAGGACCAGGAAACCAAAAAUGACUGCCAUGAUGAUCUUUCCUCUCAGUCCCUGUGGCACAGGGAUUUCCAGCCUGUGCCAGUUAAAGAGGAACAAGUAUCCCCAUCCACUUAUAGCAAAGAUGGUGCUGCUACUGUACAGAAUGCUUUAGGAGAGCAAGGCAGUGGGGAGAGUUGGCAGCCUGCUGGGCGCAGGAAGAACAGGAAAAACAAAGAUACUGUGCGUCACAUAACACAGCAAGUAGAUGAUGAUAGCAGAAAUGGUUCCCCUGUGCCAUCUAUUCUCUCUGGCUGGCCUUAUAAUAGCCAGGAUAUUUCAGGUGCAGAUGCAAUGGAACCCAACAGUUCAGACAGUCGGGGUGACCGUUUAGAUUUCUUUGUAAAGCAAGAAGAAUUGUUAGGACCUGAUUCAAGCUACCUGCCACAGUCUUUCAGUUCCGUGAAGGAAGAUUCUCCAAGCCAAGCUACCUCUGUAGCCAACUUGAGGGCAGCACUCAUGAGCAAAAACAGUUUGUUAUCCCUUCGAGCAGAAAUGCUAGGAGAUGACAACCCAUUGCUCUUUGAGUACUUGCCUAAGGGUACCCACUCUUUGUCUUUGAACGAGUUUACAGUCAUCAGGAAGAAAUUCAAGUGCCCCUACUGUAGCUUCUCCGCCAUGCACCAGUGCAUCUUGAAGAGACACAUGCGUUCCCACACCGGCGAGAGGCCGUACCCCUGCGAGAUCUGUGGCAAGAAGUUCACCCGAAGAGAGCACAUGAAGAGGCACACGCUGGUCCACAGCAAAGAUAAGAAGUACGUGUGUAAAGUGUGCAGCAGAGUCUUCAUGUCAGCAGCCAGCGUGGGAAUCAAGCACGGCUCGCGACGUCAUGGAGUGUGUGCUGACUGCUCAGGUCGAGGAAUGUCCUCCUUUAUAGAUCAGAAUGGAACAGAAGGUUCACCAGACGAUGACAUGUACCCCGUGGAAAAUCAGUUCACAGACGACCCUGAUGAUCUUAAGGCAGACGUGGACGAGGAGAUGGUGGACGGGGAUGCCGAAGGAGACGGGGAAGGAGAUGUGGAUGAAGAUGUGAAAUGGAAAGCUGACUCAGGAAUGUCGCAGCCACAUGUCAUCCUCGAUGACGACAAAGAGGAGAGCGAUUCUGCACAAGAACCCGAGCACCAUGGCGAGAGUGACAAAGAUUUCACGUGGAUUUCUUAGUCCUUCUUUUCAAAGGAUACCUUAAAUUAGCCUUUGCAAUGAUUUAAGACGACAAUGUAAGCCGUUACAGAACCAAUAUUUACUUGUGCACAUUUUUCCGUAAAUUGUGGAUCUGCGAAAGCUAGGGAGUGUUUAAUUCUUUUUUUUUUUUUUUAAAUAGCCUUUAGAAGUUAUAAUAUUACAAAGAGAAUAUCUGCAGGAAAGGCGUUGAAAAUUCUAUUGAUGUUAGUCAAUUGCAAAAUAGACUUUCAGUUUUCACCUGGAAUUUAAAAACAAAAAAUGACCUCUAUAUAUUUGUUUUGUUUUUCCUUUCUUCUGGUGGCAAAAUGACUUAGCAGUAAACAGAAAAAGAAAAAAGUGCCAUCUGUCAUCUUGCUAAUUUGCAAACUUCGCUGUUUACCAGGAUUUCUGGUAACACAUUGUUAGUGUUUCUAAUUGCAAACUGUAGCUGUAACAUUCUCUGCAGCAGUUUGAAUUCGAUGGCACAAAACUGCCCCAGAUUUGCACUUUAAUUGUCGUCCAGUCGAAAUUCCCUCCUCGUGUCGUUUACAUUUUUCAUAUUUAUAAGCAACUCCGCCAGUCCUCAUGACUGUUAUUACUGUCUCCGCAGGGCUCCUUUGUCAGCCAUGUCAGUUCUUUAUAGCCGACAUGCGACGCUCUAACUUUUUCUGUUUCUGCAGACUGAUGAUACUCGAUUGAUAGUAAACAAGCCAAAGUGCCAAACACAUGCAGCAUACGUUUAUUUAAUAAAGAAUAGUGCGGUGCAUAUCAAAGGAAAAGAUGGGAAAGUGAAGGAGAUUAAGAUUACGAGGCAUGUCAUUGUGCAUAUCGAAGUGACGAGAGGCCAGUGUAGCGGCCAGCGACCAGCAGGCUGCUUUCCUGUGCUCUGCCCAUUCACAACCGGAGGAAUUGCAGCUGCAGUAUCGGUCCAGGCACUGGAGGGCGCCAGGCAGGAGCAUGGCAGUCCUAUCACAGUGAGAGGUUAGCUACCUUACACGCGAGUAAUCAUGGCCGGUGUGUUCUUUGCCCGCUCAACUGUGGACGUGCGUUCAGGUACACAGUGACAACACCUCCGGCUUUUUGCCUUUUGUUGUCAUUUAGCUAAAUGUAACUCUCCGGAAGUGAGGUGAUGCACUCAAGAAGAUAAGAUCGGAGUAAGUCCACAAAAGUCCAGUUUGAUGUUGUUGAAUCCAAACAGGCUUCGUCUCCUUAAAAGAACACGUGAACCUUUUGCGCUUAUGUUUGGCACUUCAGAUCCAGUGUAAAAGUAUAUUUAAAAGAAAAUUCAAAGAGAGAUAGAAAGGAUGGCCACUGAGCAAACACGUAAUAACAAGAAAAUGAAAGAGUCAGUGACACUGGAUACAGAGAUAUGUUUAUUCUUACUCUUCUUCUUAUUAUUAUUACUACAUUCUUGGUUUGUACCGCCUUACUUCAUGAAGAAAACGUAGGACGGCCACACUUCCGUCAGCACCUCCCUGUUUGACACCAUCACAGAGAAGGAUUUUUUGUUCAGAGUGAGGAACUGUUCAAAAUGAAAAUAUUUAUUUACUGUAAUACUUGGUUCCGGAACUCCUUCCAAGGGCUCUCUUUCUAUUUCAAAAAUUUCGUACGAAAGAAGGAAAUCCUGCUGCAUUGCAUGGGGAGGGAGGGAGGGAGUGGGGUAGCCGGUCUGCGAGCGGCCUCCUUUAACGAGAUCGCAGAACUGCGACCGGGACUGCCGAGGGUCCGUCGGUGUCGGCGUCCCACUCACGACGUCUUCUGUUUCCAGGGUGCUUUAUCAAAAAUAAUAGAUAUGUAUAACAGGACUUGGCCUUUCUUAGGAAUUUUAUAUAUUCAAUAUUUUUUUAUUUAAGCUCUCGAGAAGCACCCAAUUAUGCUUUAAAAACAAAUAGCUUUUUUCGUAUAGUACCUAAUAAGAUUCUAUGUAUUUUGUCCAGUUCCCAGUUGGGUUUAACAAGUUCGUAUUUUUGUUGAAAACUUAUUUAUUAAAAGUUGUUCAAGUUGGAGAUGCUGUUUUAUAAACAUUCCUUCCAAUUUACCAAUUUAUGCAUCCAAUUUAAAACUUUUUUUGUUUUUUUUUUGUUUAAAUGUCUGUGCCAGGAUAUUUUAUCUUUAGCGUGAGAGUGACAUUUGAUUUAUUACACGCUGAAUGCUGAGCUUUACUACAUGUUUAAUUUUAAACGUGUGCAUAUAUUUCUAUAUGUAUGUGUGUGGGAAUUUCUACUUGAGUGUGUGUGAGUGAGUGGGUGGGUGGGUGUGCUAACGGGCUGUAUGGACGGACACGCGCACACAUGUAUAUGUCUGUGUACACGCCAUGCGCAUACACACGUAUACAUGUACAGACAGACAUUAGUUUCGGAGUAUACAUAUAUAUGAGAAAAGCUUUUAUAUUUUGCCUUGUCGUAGACAGCGAGCCGCGUGGCUUUCAGAACGUUUUUUCAUAAUAUUAUUGUGCCAGUUAUGUGCUUUUUUGUAAAAGAAGAAUAAAUAAGAGAAGCUAACUUAUUUGUUAUAUAUUGUUGAAAAGGUAUAUAUAGCACAUGCUUCUAUAUUACUAACGUACACUAAAUGACAAAUGUUAUACCAAAAAUAAUCUAAUAUACGUUGUACACAUAAAGUGCUGUUUUGUUUUUUAUUUUUUGUUUUUAUAUUUUCUUAUUUUCACUUUUGAGGUGUGCAGAUUCUAAGCUUUGAUAAAUUGUGUUUGAUUCAUUUUUGUAAUUCUUCUGUAUUUAAUGAUCCUCGCCAACAGCAGAGAUUGCAUUUUCAAGAACCAGACAGCUUUCACGAUUUGCAAUUUCUGCUUGCAAACCACCGUGACGGAAACUUCUGACUUUUAUUAUCCAGGAACUUUUUUUUUUUCGGUUUGUAUAUUUUUUUGAUGAAUUGCUAUCCAGUUGGCGAGGGUCUGUCUCUCUUCAGAUUUUUAUUACUUGAUUUUUUUUUUUUGUAUUCGAAAUUUAACUUUGAAUUAUUUGGAUCGUUUUCAUUUACUGUAUCAGGAGAAUAGCUUUUCCGAAGUUAAUUAAUUUAUUGAUUAUUUUUCCAAUCAUAAUCGAUCUAUAUAUUUAGUAGGCGUAUCGAUUCUUUGUUAAGAGCUCUUUCAUUUCUGGGUUUCUCGAUGACAGCAGCAGUUUGUGUGCGGAGCCCGACGGCGGACCUUUGGGCCAACAGCGCCAUCUAGCGGUAGAACUAGGUCAAUAGCAGAAGUCUAACGUGGCGCGGCUGUGCCGAGGCGGCGGCGUCACGUGACUGGAUGCCGGCGACGCGCCAAGAGCUGCGGACACUCAGAGUCUGAAAUCAGUCGGCCGCGGUGAGCUCAGCGGGCGGCUCGGCGGCUUGCCUGUCGCCUCUUCGCUUCACUUCUUUCGGUUUCCUUGUGCUUCUUAUAAUUCGCAGGGACGCGAUAUCAGCCACCAAACUGAGAAAAUCUAUUUUUGUUUCCCGCAGCUGACAUUGUCUGAUCGAGUCAGCCGGCUAGCGUCACAGAUAGCGGGGCUGGGAAAAACGAAAGUCAAUGAAUGGCAAGAAGAGGAAACCUGGGUGAGCAGAUCAGGGAUGCCGCCGCUUUAAAGGAGCGGCCAUCGGACUGACCGAUAAAGCGGCGCAUUGUUUCGUUUGUUAUACCAAAGCUAAGAUGAGGUUUCUGCACACCUCGGUUUUAUUUUAGAAAUGCAAAACUGGAACAAUUUGCAAUAUUUAAAAAAAAAAAAGCCUGUUUAGCUUGAUAUGUGCAAAUCUUGAAGCCAUAAAUAUGGUUACUAUAGUCUAUUUCGAAACUAUUCCGAUUAUUUUAGAUUUUGUGCUUAAUGAGUGCUGUGUGUACACUUUCAUAUAUAUUAUUUAUUUUAUUUUUCUCGACAUGAUUCGACAUGUCUUUAAUAGGACAGUGCUUGAAACUGUUGAAUUUCUCUGUUGGGAAUAUUGUCCUCUAUGAUACUGACUUUAUAAUAAUUAUUAUUAUAAACCUGUGUUUGUAAUGGAGAUGUGUUAAAGAAUACAAAAAAAAAGAGUUAGUAAUCACAAUUAGUGGGAGAAGAUAACAGUGCAUUGUACUGAUUUUUCUGUAUAUGAUAGUCCUGAUGAUUUUACCUUUUUCUAUCUGAAUCAUACAAUUCCUGUACCUUGUUGGCAGGCCAGCGGCCUGUCGCUCUUUAUUCUCAAUUUCAUGUUAAGGAGAUUAGUUUAACAAUAUUUGCAAACCAAUCAGUCUGAAUAAAUUUGGAAAUUGCUGCUGA